AUGAAGUGGUGUGUUGCUGUUGUGUUGGCAGUGUUGCAGCUCUGCAGCCCGGCGCUGCAGACUGACCCGCUGCUUUACAUCUCCCAGAUGCAUGAAGGGAAAGAACAACUCCGCAAGGCAUGGCUCAACCCCACGCUGGAAGAUGUUGUCCCAUCCCGGGAAGUGACCCAAGCUGCUGAAAUGAGAGAGAUUCUAGAAACUGAGACGACCACACACUCCUACCCCAUGUUUGCUGAGCACACCAACCUCAAGUGGGUGACAUGGAGCGGCUUCCUCCCAAGCGGUGCCGUUGCUAUCUUCAACGGCUACACCGAACGCACUGACUACGUGUGCAAAGUCAACUGUGAAGCCGGGUUCUAUUCUCCCAGUAAAGGGAACUUCUGCCAGUACCCAUACGCCGACAAAGAGUACGCAUCCACAAAGUUUGAAAUGCUGAUUAACGUUGACCACUUUGAGUUCCUGGAGUGGGUUGAAGAAUCGUAUGGAUCAGUCCCAGGUUAUGCCAUCAGAACCUGCCCUGACUCAGAUAUCUUUGUGGGCAAAAAUAAGUAUGGUCUCGGCAAAGUGGUGACCCAACAUGAGGCCUUCUUCCUUCCCUGGGAGGGCGAUGAGUAUUGGUACAAGAGUUACCAGGUUCUUGCGAUCAACAGAGACAGCUACAGCCAGCACAUCUCUCAUGUGGAGUAUGGCAUCGACCAGAUGGAGCUCUUCCACUAUCCUCCGGAGGCCCUGCAGCUCGCCAAAGUCACCAACCUAGAGUGCAGAAAUGUGGAGAAGACAGUGAAACUGGAGAAGACAAGUUCUGUGGAGAAGUCCUGGGACAUUGGCAGAGAGACCCGCAAUGGAUCCAUCUCCACCAUGAAGGCCAAAGUGCCCAUCCUUGGCCCAGGGACUGUGGACCUCAGCAAGGAACAUUCGGUCACCUUUUCAGAGGGAACCAAAACGGUGGAGGCCAUCAGUCACACCGUCUCUGUCAAGCUUGUGGUCCCACCCAACCACUCCUGCACCGUGAGGAUGGACGGCAGAAAGAUGACGGCCGACAUUCCCUUCACUGGCAGGCUGAGCAGGACCAACCACAACGGGGACACCCACUGGACGUACAUCACUGGAAUCUACGACGGCGUGACGGUUGGAGAAAUCAAUGCUGUCGUGGAGAGAUGUCAGCCGGUGAAUGACGCUGUUCCCUGCUCCCCAACUCAAGACUGA